UUGAAUGCGGCCGUUUGAUAAAGUGGAGGUCGUGCGCUGCAGCUAAUAUCAGAUUUGUUGGGCGUGUACAUUUUUGUGUGUUGAAUUGUGAUUUUAGAUAAUAAUGAAAUAAAUAAUUAAUUGUUUUGUUAAUAUUUUAAGAGAGAAAAAUGGAAAACCCAGUUCAAAUGCGAGACCUGUCGGAAUUUUGCGACCAGCUUGGGGAAAUGCAGCGUCGUUUUUGUAAAUUAGAUAACUGUGAGAGAACAAUUGCUCUCUAUUAUUUAAUGGUCGGGUUACCAUUUGCUAAUGCUCGUUUUUUGCAACGUGCUUUAGAGGAAGCUAUAUCGAAGGUUAAUACUCCAGAGUCACAAUUGUUGGAGCAUAAUGCCAAUGACCCAUCGUACAUUUCCAAUUUUCUAGCCGAAGCACCUCACAUAGCUUUAUCAAAGAUGUUAGCUCACAUACCUUUAUUACGUCCUGGCAAUAAAGAAGCAUUAAAAGUGUAUACAAGUACACUUCGAAGAAUAUUAUCAGAUUACAUCGCACCUACGUACAAAAUAUACAACGAAUGUGUUGAAAUUUUAUCUUACGUUUUUGUACACCCCGCUUUUGGCAGAGAAGACAAGAAAUCGUUCAGGCACUUACUAUAUCACGUAUUGCAACCCAACUCACAAAAAAACCUUGCCCAGUCGGUCAGCGAGUCAAGUGACGAAUCGGUCAGCCCCAAUCCAGAACCUGCAAACUACUUGUCAAGCUGUUUGCAACACAAUCGCUUAAAUAGACGCUCUAAUAGCCUGACACCUGGCCAAGUCGGCGGCACGUACGCCACUUGGUCAUCACAAGAAAACCUAGGACCUCAAAUACUGAAACCGCGAAGUUAUUCCUUAUCCAACGACAAAUCACUACCUUUAAAAUCGAGUUCGAUUCAAACAAGUAGCUCCGAGACACGAUUGCAAGAAUUGCAAACUCAAAGUAUGAUGUUGAAGGGAAUCGUUUGUUGGCUGAAAUCGUUAAGACUGCACAAAUACAGUUGGGUGUUUAAUAAUUUAAGUUACGAACAGAUGUUGAAUUUGACUGAAGUCGAUCUCGAAUCCAUGGGUAUAACGAAGGGGGCAAGGCAUAAAUUAUUAUUAAGUAUCGCAAAGCUGAAGGAACGUAGUCAAUUAUUGAAUGAACUGGAAACUGAAGUGAUGAAUGGUGGGGAUCUAACGUGUGCUUUAAAGAAGUUGAAAGGCGUACUACAGAGUCCUCUCCAGACAACUGCAGGAGAAAAUUUACCAUCACAAUUUAUUAAAGUAAUGGGAAAAGUGUGCACACAAUUACUGAUGCUACGACAGCCCUCGGAUGAUUGUGUGGUUCUGUUCUCCUCUCUCUGCGAACGGGCCGAGGCAUCGGACGCCUUUACAGAUGAACAGAAAAAGCGAUUAGGUUUAUGGCGGGGCCAGAUGGUACGAGGCAAUCAUAUUCCUGUUUAUACUCAUCGACAUCAAAGCAAUAAUUCUCAGAAGCAGCAAACGGUACAAAUGCAGCAUUAUAAAACCGUAAAUGACACGGGUUUCCCUCAAAUGUACGCCCAGAAGAGUUCCUCGUAUCCGAAUAUGCAGGGAAGUCCGAUUGUAGGUGCGCAUAGGCAUUCUCUUGGAAGCACGACCUUACAAAACCAGUUUUUUAAUAUGAACACCCAAUUUUGUAACACACCCGUUGUUCCUUGUACAAAAAUGGAUCACAGUUUCAGGCCUGGGUAUGCGAAAAGUACGCAACAUAAUGAUAAUACAAAACUUUUCAUGCAUAGUACACAAGGCAUUAAAAGUAGUGAUAUUGAGAGUAGCUUAGAGUCGUUAUGUUUACAGAUGAUGGAGCAUGCACUUGGGCCUUAAUUUUUUGGGGCUUGUUUGUUAGUAUUUUUUUUCCUUAACUUUCUGUUUGUUUCGAAUACUGAUUUUGGACAAUGGCCUAUUAUUUGUUCUUAUAGCGUUAUAUUUCCAUGAUGAAGCACACUGUAGUUUUGUGCUGAUAUAAGUUUGUAAGACUAUUUCAUUGUUUUAUGUUGUAUAGAGUUUAAUAUUUUUAGCUUUAUAUGUUGAAAGGUUAUCUAUUUUACUGCUGGCAGAUUUCAUAUUUUAGUACAAUUAUUAGAUCUUGUUUUAUAAAUUUAUUUUUGAUGUAUUAUAGAAUUCAUUUGAUGCUUUACAUAAUACACUCUAGUUCAAAUUAACAAAAACAAAAAAUAGUGUAUGGUAUUUAAUGAAUUUAUAUAUCUAUAUCCUAAUGUUAAGACUGUAUUUUGUUAUACGCAGAUGCAAAAGUUUUGUGAAUUUAGCGCAGUCAUUUAAUUCAUAUUAUAUGUUUAUUUUUCUAUCUAUUUUUUAAUAGACAAAACUGUAAAUGUGGUCGUGUAGUUGCAAUUUUGUGAAGUAUGAAAUUUUGAAUGUGAACAAAGUUUUCUAUUGUUUUAUGACAUCGUUGUUGCUAUGAAUGGAAAACUUUGUAGACGAGUUGUAAUGUGAAUGUAAGUGAUUGUCUUCGUGUGAUACAACCCAGCCAUCUAGCGAUGGCUAAAACUGAUUCAAAAGACUGAUUUCUAAAUAAAGAAUGUUUUAUCAGAAA